UCAGCUGAUCCACCAGUCAGUUCCACGCAAAUGUAUAUCGCGGGUAGACACGCGUGCGUCUUCACCGUCUUGAGCAACUGUGUUCAAGAUAGACUCUCUCACUGGACCGUGACUUAGCAGUGGGAGGUGUCUGCAGGAUUCUCAAGUCUUAUUACAGUCUUCUUGGACUGGCUGUGCAAAGAAAGUAUUUUCAUAAAACUUGCCAUUGUGUAAAAUAUAAGUUUGAAUAUUUUUUUCACUGCCAAUAAUUUUCGAGGACAACCAUGUCGACCGGCAAGCGGCUGGCGAAGCGGUCCAUCCUGGGCACCCGGGUGGCCUGCUGCCUGGAGGACGGCAAGUACUACGCCGGGGUGAUAUGUGCGGUGAAGACCGUGGACGAGGGCGGCCCCACGGUGUACUCAGUGCGGGUGGAGGGCGAGAGGAGGUCGCGAGAAGUGCGUGAGAGUGACUUGGUGGGCAGCGGCUUCACGGCGGUGGGCUCUGUCAAGCUGAGGGCGGGCCAGCGCGCCUACAUUACCCACAACAACAGGGAGGUGUGCGGCACAGUGCUCUACCACAGACCCAACAUUGACGAGGUGCUCAUCUCCGUCACCAACCCUGAGACCGGCGUGAGGCAAGACGUCAAGAAGCGCAUUGAGGACAUCCGCUUGCUGGAGUCGCGGAAGUCAGCCCGCCUCGCCGACCAGGACACUGACUUCGCCAAACUCGCCGACAUGUCCACAGACCGCAAGGAGCGCAAGCCGUCUCAGACCAUAGACGUGCCAGCGCCCACCACAGGCUUCCAAGGGUCCCGCAAGCGUCGCAGCUCCCGCUCAGAGGAGGACCAAAUGGAUGAGUGCGCCGCUGCUAUGGUCCUGAUGAAGCUCUCCUGCUCACCGCGCUCACCCGUCCUGCCUGAUGGUGUGAUGGGCGAAUCCAUGUCCCCGGGGUCGUCUGUGUCCUCGGGGGUCUGGACAUGGGCGGACGGCUCUUCCUCCUCGUCCUCCUCCUCGUCCUCGUCCCGCUCCCCCGCCCACCGCUCCGCCACGCCCUCGCCGCCCCUCUCAGAGUCCAGCCCCGCCACCCUGGAUGACGGCUUGGAGUUGGAUGAGUCACUCUUCGACGACGCCGUCCCUAGGAAACGGCGGAAGCGAGUGGCGUGCGUUGCCGUAGCUGCGGUGGGGUCCGAGCGAGUCUGCCCUUACGCGAGAGGCCUAUCACCUCCUCCGUCCCCCGUCGCUGCCGCCCCCUUCCCUGCGCCGCCCAACACCCCUGACGAUCCCUGCCUGCACAGCUCCACCCGGACCAUGUUCAAAUGCACUUGGACGGGCUGCCACGAGAUGACGGCCGCCUGUGACGCCAUCGAGAGACACAUUCGCUCCACACACCUCGGGCGCGAGGAGCUCAUCAGCGACCACAGCGACAGUGACAGCGACGACGAGGACGAUCACGAGGAGGAAUUCUACUGGACUGAGGUCGAGGUCAAUGUCACCACCUGGGUUGACCCCUGUGAGCCCCUGGUGACCCCCACGGCCCCGCCAAUCAGCCCCCCGGCACACCCCGUCCUCGCUGCCCCCCAGAAAGUGCUCACCGCCCCGCCCGCUGCCGCCGUCCCCCCGCAGCCGCUGGGGACCUUCCCGUCGGUGCCCCAGCAAGCCACGUCCCCGCAGUACAUCCACGUGUCCUCCCCGCCCACCCUGAGCCACAUGGACAUGGCUCGCCCGCCACAUGAAGACCCUCGCUACAGACAUGCGCCUGGGGGACCAGUCACCAGCCUCUCCAGCUCCUGGCCCCGCACCUCCACCUACCGGAGUUCUGGCAGAGCCAAGGUCAGGGUGAGCUCCUCCCCCAAAGCCUCGCCCGGCCGGGGGAAGAGGAACGGGGAGAGCCGGAAGUGCCGCAAGGUGUACGGCAUGGAGCAGCGGGACCUGUGGUGCACGCAGUGCAAAUGGAAAAAGGCUUGCAGCCGCUUUGGGGAGUAAGGUACCUGUGGCAGCCACUCACUCAGUGGUUCAUUCAGAAAGUAUCACAUAAUACAUUCUAGCACAUUCAAGGACAAAGGAACAAUCUCUAAAUGGUGUCCUCUGGAGAAGAUGGUGCACAACCUCUUCUACCAAGUCUUUGAAUAAGUUUAAUGCUGAAGCUUGAGAAGGACAAAGGUCACUCACCAGAAGGACUGUGAUCAGUGUGUAGCCGCUGCUGAUACAUGACAGGCCAGGCAGCAGCCAACUUACAAUGUGUGAACGGAAGCUUUCACUGAUGGACCCUGGAAGGUAGGCUUUAUCCAAGCUUUUAUCACUGCCACUUUGAGGUUUGGAUCACCAAAUGAUAAAGAGUAUAUUUAUUUACAUCAUAUUCAGAGAUAUGUACAUAGUAGAUGUGAGAAGACUAAGAUUAAGUGGUCAUGCAAAAUUAUUAUAAAUUAAACAUUACUGAAUGUUACACUGAAUGUAAACAUUAUCAUAUCUGGCCUAUGCAGUUUCUCGUUCGAAAUUCAACUUAGACAAGACCCCAAAGCAAAUAACGUACAGAUUUAAAACAAAAAACAUCGCGUGUGUGAAACGGACAAGAUCGAGGCUUCCAAACGUGCACCACCAAUGUUUCAGUAGAUGACAGUUGCCAGUGAUGACCAUGAUGUAUGACAGUGUGACUCAAGUAGACUUGUACAUGUAUUUGUGUUCUGCUACGGCAAUGGACUUUUAAGGACGUAUUGCAGAGCAGAGCCUGGGUGAGACAACCUGGAAGUGUGUAUCACUUAAGACGAUAAAGUUCUAAUUUCGCUAGGUUUAAAUAGAACAAGACAGGUACUAGAUAAUGGAGUAUCCUCCUACACCUCAUGACAUACCUAUUAGAAAAUAUUGUAAUGUAAAGUGUUUGAAGAGUAUGGAAUCCAAGCACUUGAAAUGUACAAAAAAGAAGUGUAAUAAUACUUGACGCCCACUGUGAAACUUGCCGAGUUAAUACUGGAGUUACUUUGUUUGAUUUUGUUGAGCCAGGUAAAGGUAAGGCUGGGAACACACGCCAUAGCUACGGGUGCCCUUGGUGCUCUUCUCCGUCUCUGGCCCUUGAGCCUGAGAACCCAUUACCUAUUUAUCGCCCAGCCAUGAAAGAGGAUCAACAGCUGGGUUGGCUGAGCACUGACAUAACCGGUUGGGAUUCAAACCCAAGCCUGCAGGUUCAUGGCUAGGCAAGCUGACCACUGCACCGCGGAGACAGCCAGAUUGAUUGCACUGCUGUUACGUCAUAUUGUAUAUUUAACCUCUAUAAAUUCUGGUAGAAUAUGAAAGUACUUAGCCAUGUUCACCCUAGUGCAAACAGAUUACUCUAAAUCCAGAGCUAUAUACAUGUAUUAAACCACUUCAAGAAUGUGAUAAGUCUAUUAUACAUUUUUUCUAAGUUGCAUUACUGUGUGCUGCAUUUAAUUUUCUUGUGAUUCAAAACUGGUGCAGGAUGGGGACUGCCACCACCACCACCUUCACCUUGGAGGGUUUACCCACUCAAUGUCUGCCAAACACCAUGUGAUUUUUAUCUUUUAACCCGGUAGCAGCGGGGAUCAUGUUUCUUAAUGGUCCCUCCAAGAGAAAAGUGAGAAAAAAAUCACCCCUCACACAAACCAUUUCAUAAUAUAUAUCAAAGCAUUUGUGAUCAGACUACGUAUCGUCUAUUUUGGGGGGUUUAUAUCAUGGCACAAAUUUGGCCCGUCGCUGCUACACAGUAAAGCCACAAAUUUGGCCCGUCGCUGCUACACAGUAAAGCUACAAAUUUGGCCCGUCGCUGCUACACAGUAAAGCCACAAAUUUGGCCCGUCGCUGCUACACAGUAAAGCUACAAAUUUGGCCCGUCGCUUCUACCGGGUUAAAUAAUGUUGAAAUGCUAACAAAAGCCGAGAGAUUACACAGCUCACUAUGACCAAAGUAGAAAGCAUCUCCUGUCUCCAUGUACACUGCUGCUGCAACAGACAGUACCUUAAUGUAAGAAAAUUGAGCUUGUCAAGAAUGGAACGAAUACCUGUAACACUGGCUUGUCCGUGGCAAGACCUGCUGACUGAAAACAUUUUUUAUUAUGAUGAAGAAUUUGAUGCAUAAUAUUCCAGCACCAGGCAACAAAACGCCUUGUCACAUACUUGAUAGUGCUGACAUUGUCCAACAUCAAAAUUGGCUGUCUAAUAUGCAAAAUACUUUUCUUUCUGAUAACCCUGCUCUCCAUAGUAAAGGUGUUCAUGAGUGGGUAAAUUAUAACAUCUAACUUACAGUCUUGCAUGGUCAUCAGUCUCCCACUCCUGAUCAUGGUUGUGGUACUCCGCUGCUCGCCAGGAGGCUGGUGACCGCCAGCUUUGAGAGUGGAGGUUGUACGAUCUCUUGCUACAAAUUAUCUUUUGAUACUAAGUCUUUCAUUGUGCCAACACAGGACAUUAACUUGUGGUUUCCGUUAGCCGUCGUGCAUGACCAAUAAACCUUUUCCUGUUAGGUUCAGUAGGCAGUGGCGGGAAUGCAGGGGUGGCAGCUGAUCCCUCUGGAAAAAGACAGAAAAUAUAGCACAAUAAUAUUAUUGUGAUCACAAUGACAAAACUGUAAACUGUGAAAAAAAACUUUCUAAAGAUCCAACACAGUAACAACCCAAUAGUUAGAAUUCUACUGGUCAGUAAAUCCCAUGUUUUAAUCCCCAAAAAUAUUUAAAACUUUUUGAAAGCAGAAUAUUUUAAUUUUAAAAAUGUCAUGAAAUUAUAUAGAAAGUAUAUUAAUGUAAUUUUACUGUAUGUGUAAAGAAAAUUUUUAAAAUUUUGAAAUUAAUUUUAAAUAUUAAGAAAUAUUGGAUUAUUUUGAACUCCUUAGAAAGUAUAUAAAUGUAAUUGUAUGCCACAAUAUAGUAAAGCUCUUUAAGUUGGCAUGGCAAAAAAAUUGUUAUUUUUCAUUUUGAGCAACUGCCAGAAAGUCUGGGUAAUGUGCCGUCUGCCGGAGACCCGACGCUCCUCUCAGACAGAAGGACCAAGUCUAAUUUGGUUCAGCCAGCGAGGCGGCCUGCUCCCAAUUGUGCCGACUUAAGAAGUUUUACUAUAUUUUUUCAAAGUGAAAUAGUAAAUAUAAACAACUUAGCAAUGAAAUGACAAUGGAAGAUUUAAACAUCAACUCUAACAGGCUGCCAGUUGUACAUUUAGUUAAUUACAGGUGAUAAGUUAUGCUCAUUUACUAUAUGAUUUGUUACAAUCCAGGCUAGUGGCCACAAUGACCUUUAAUCACACCACCACUGAUGCCAGAACGAGCUCUGUUACUGUGUGCAGGCUUGACACAGCCCAGGACUGAGGGUUUAGCCACUGAUAAUAGAUCUCAACAUGCUCAAGACAAAUGGAUGAGGUGUUUUGCUGCAUACCUCCAAACACUACUGUUGCAUAAGUAAAGAAGAUUUGAGAUGGCAAAAUGUUAUAAAAUACAUACGUACAAGUGUGCACUGAUGGUUUGUAACCCAUGUGGCAAAUCUCUUUUAAUAGUAGCUGGAAAAUAUAUAUAUACUAUAGCAGUGUAUAUUGACAUAAUGUACAUUAUCUUAACAAUAAAGUGUUGCUUGCACUGCCACUGAAGACAACCCUCACGAGGCGCCAACACCCUUCCUCUCCUCCCCGGCACAGUGCCUUGGUCAGCCGCCAGAGCACCCAGUCUCCAGCAACCUGCCAUGCACAUUGCCAAGGUUUAACUUCUUUUACCGUCCAGUGUAUACAUAUCUAGAUCAUUUGAGAAAUGCGUCCAUUUUACUGUUCUUACUCAAGUAAAUGUUGCUUAACUACUAAAUUAACAAGACUGGAGUAUUCUGGUGGUGAUGCCGACGGUAUCUUGGCUGGGGAAGACGGUGCCAUCAGACCAGCAAGGUUGUUAAGUAUCAUUGUGUUGGAUAACAUCAUGAUAUGUAGCCGUGUAAUGCUCCUUCACUCCUUAAUCUGGUGACUGGCCACAAUGUUGCUCAACCAAUGUGCUCGUGUGAUGGCUGCUUCAGAGGCAAAGCUCCUCCCAAAUGGUGGCAACAGUGAUUCCUCAACACAGCUGGCCUGGCUGUACCUCAUUUACUUGUGUUGAGGCAACACCACUGCCAUCGUUUAUUAAGCUUGUGUUGUGAUAAGUUAUAUUUGUCAAUUGCAUAUCACCUUAUCUGAAAGUACACCAGUGGAUACCAAGAGGCUAUACAAAAUGCUCAGUUUUUUAUGUAGUUUGGAAUAAACUGGCUCAUAGGAAUCCCCAGUCUGAUCAGUCUUUCAGAAUCAUGUUUUGUAUGCAUUAUAGUUUACAUUAGUUUUCUGCUUUUUCAUACAAACUUGUACAGGGUUACAUGUAAGACGUACUCAUUCCCCGAUCCGGACAUGACGUACACAACAGUAUAAACAUUAGCCACUAGUGGGAGGCCUCACACCAGCAACAGCCCACUGACCAAUGUUAACCUGGUCCCAGAAAUAGUGGCAAGGCAGUGGCUACCACUGAGAGUGCUUUAAAUAGAUUUUAUAACAAAUGAUCUCUAAUUACUUAGAGUUAGAUGUAUCUAUGUGGAAACCAUAGCAUUUUAAUAUAUACAUUUAUCUUAAAUCACAGAAGGCUCUCUUUACUUCUGGUGCUACAGUUGCCAUAAAUGUAGUCCAAAAAAAUGAGGGACUUAAUCAAUAAGUUGCAGCUCCAUGAGGACAACAACAGCUAACUAACUAACACGACAGAAUACUUCCAAGGAGUGACCAUCAAUAUCAAAAUAAGGAACAUCAUGGCCUUUGACUGCACAAGUUUCUCAGACCAAAAUCUCACACAUUGUAGACUUAGUGAAUGUAAAGCCACUUGGUGUUUUAUAAGUUUUGUAAAUACAAAUUGCAGGCAGGAAAAGUCUUCAGAAAAGUCAGCUGUGUCUGGCCGAGGUGGAGCAACCUAUAGAGUACAUUACACUAGAACCAGGAUUUUGAACUCAAGAACUAAGUUGUACUUUAGUAACACUGAGAAAGCCUUUUUCUAUCAUUUCUUAGGUAGUGGAAGGUCUACCUCACCUGUCAGGGGUCCAGGAGUGGGAGUGUGACAUCAUGUACAUUUCAGUGACUACCUGUCUUUCAUUUGUAUUAACAUUUGUUUCAUCAUGCAUCACAUGAUUGCCUAUGCAAUAGAAAAUAACACUUUUGGGCAUCUAACUAUACAAAUACUGAUCAAUUUUUUAUACCAUUGCCAAGAAGCAAACCAAGGACCUCAUUACUGAGAAGUGUAUCUUGAUAUUUUAUUCCAUAGUACAAAGUAUUUUAUGAUAUCUUAGGUUUUACAAAGCUUUUGCUAAUUGCCACAUAAGAUGUGUGUCUAGCAUUGUAAGGUUUCAAGAGUUUUAUCGAUGUAUAAUCCAGUUUCCUCCGUGUAUUGUAUGUGAUGUAAAUAUCUGCUUAUUGGUGUUGGCUCUUAUGCUGUUGUAUAUAAAUGUGAAUUGAUGCCCUAUGGAUUGAGAUAUAUACGGCAGAUUAUAUAUAUUUAAUUCUUCUGUUACAUGACUAUUUCCAGAUAUAUUGAUUUGUUUCCAAUAGCUUUUAUAUGUUGAACAGAGUGUUUCAUAGUAUCAAAAUAAUAUAUAAAAAGUGAAUCCAUAGGGCUGGCUGGUGUCCCGUUCACCUAGCGUUAGUAUUGGGAGGCUGCUGCAGGUCACCUCACAGCAAUAUCAAUAGAUUUGUCCACUUCUUCAGUUGGUGUGCAAAAUAUAUGCAAAUUGAAGUAAUACAUAAAUUAUGCUUUGGACAUUACAUUGAAAAUUACAAUGAUGUGACUGGAUACUGUUUAUGCAAGACCCAUAUCCAAGAUAGUUGUAGAAGAGUAUUUAGGGACACUUAAAAACUUUUGUAUAAACUUGAAUGACUUUUUUAACAACGGUAAAGUCCUUAUUUUCUUCAAGACAUUGAUGUAUUUGUCUGUAGCUUUAUAAUAAUAAAAUAUCGUGCAUGA